AUGAGUUCCCAUGUGUGUGAAGCAUUUAAAUUUGUUGAUCAAAUUUUGCCUGAUAAUUAUUCUUUCGAUAAAAAUAAAGUAUCUACUGCUAUACAAACUUAUUGUCGAUCUAACAAGAAACCAUGGAAAAGAGAAUGUAAUACUAUCGGUGAAGUAGUUAACGCUGUUACUAUAAUGUUACUUCAUAAAUUAUUCACUUUGAAUAAAAAUCUAGAAUCUGAAAAUAACAAUAACGAAUAUAUCACGUAUGUUAUGCUAUGGUUAAGUAAUAAAAUGAAACUAAUUGCAAAAGGGAGGUACGGAAGCGUGGCAGAUUUUUAUGUCACAUUUAUACAAAAUAGUAAAAAGUAUAUAUUAUAUCAUGAUAAAAUCGAUAAAAACAGAAAAAUGAUGAAUCUUAAUAUUGAUAGAAUGCGUAGACUUUAUGGGUUACUUAUUAAGCUGUGCAAUGCAAUUAAUAAACAUAAAAAAGAUCCUUCAAAUUGCUCCAAUUUUUCAGAUUUUGUUAACGAUUGGAUAAAACAAUACAUAUACCUUAUUUUAAAAAAAAAGAGAGUUUUUGAAGAUGAACAUUAUUGUGAUGUAUUGGUGACUUUAAAAAAUGCUUAUGAAAAAUUUAAAAAAGAUAAUGAUACCAAAAAUUCUUUUCCAGAAAUUAUAGAGAUAGAAGGAAUAAAAACUUGUAAGCAAUUAGGUAAAGAAGCAACAACUUCAUCGAAAGUUAUAAACGUGGAAUUAAAAGACUUACCGAGUACAGAAACUAAUUUAGAGAAAACCAAAGAUACCCCGAGAUAUAUAGAUUUUAAAAAUGUAUUUGAAAUUUAUAGUUUAUUAUUUAGUGAUAUGUUUACUAAUAUUGGAAAUAGCUUAUAUAAAAAUGUGUUGUCAACGUUAAAAGAUUUUUACGGUAAAUUAAAAAAUUCUGCUGAUAACACGAUUAGUUAUGUGAAUGAACUUAAAACAACAAUAGAAACUCUUAUAUUAGAUAAAUGUAUGUCUGAAAAAAAAGAAACAGGAAGUGAACCAUCAUCACCACCAAGUUCUGGUGAACAAACUAAUACACAGCAAUCGUCUUCGGAGACAUCUGGAAAUGAAGGUUCUGGUCAAAAGUGUUACGAAGCAUCUCAAAUAACAUUGUCAAGUUCAUCGACUGAACAAGAAAUUCCAGUAUACAAAGUAGCAGGAGAUGGGACAACCGAAAUAGGUGAUAAUCCACUCAACGUAUACAAGAAAAUGGGAAUUUCAAUUUUAAUUAUUUUAAUACCCAUUGCUUUAGCUAUUAUGUACAAGUAUUUGCCAUUUGGAUGGAGAAAAAAAUCAAAGAAAAAACAAAAGAUGAAAAAGGCUAUAAAUAUGUUUGAUACAAAUGAAACAACAGAAGAAGUUAUAAACCCAACUGAUCGAAAAAAACAAAUGAAAAUAACUAUAAAUUUAUCUAGUCAAAACAAACAGGAUAAAAAGCUUACCAAUUCAUCUACUCCAAAAAAACAGGAUAAACAAUUUAUAAAUUCAUCUACUCCCAAAAAACAGGAUAAACAAUUUAUAAACUCAAAUGAUCGAAAGAAAAAAGUGGAAAUAAUUAUAAAUUCAUCUAAAAAAAAACAGACUAAGGAUUUUAUAAAUUCCACUUAUUGGGGAAAAUAUCCAUUAUUAAAUAUAUAUAAACUUAUGAAGGCCGAUCCUGUACCAUUUAUAAUUUUAUUUUUGUUGUUUAUUUUUUAUCUUUAUAAAAGAAAAGGCGAUUCUUUAGAAUAA